AUGCUGUACCCCGCACUCCGCAUCCCCACACCGCAAGGCUUCGGACUAUUGCCGUUCUCAAUCUUCACCAGUGCUUCGUACGACACGACAGGAGACGCGGAAGAGCAGACGUCCUGGUACUUACAUGCAGAAAACGUAUUCACAGCAUCGAAGAGUGGCCCUGUCAUGGUCUGCAAUAUCAUUGUCGUGCUUACCGAGGGCAGUAGCGACGCCAAGGUCGACUGUGAUGAAAGGAAGAAGGCGAUGAGCCAAGCCACCAUCAUGACCUUGUCGUCCCAACCGGUUUUACGAACGAUUCCAUACCGGCAAACGGUGCGGGACCCCGACAAAGCAGGAUGUCAGCGCGAACGUCCCAGUGGUGACGGCGAAAACAGCAGGCCCACGGUCCGGGAUAUUGCUGUCCAUGCUCGAGGAGGUUCAUUUGACGGAGAUAAUGAUUCGAUUUCGCAGUGUUCCGGGAAGAAGCUUUCGGCCGCAGAGCCGGUAUUCCGAGGCGGUUAA